ACCGAGCUGAAACCGAUGACCUCUCCGCUUGUUUUCUUCCUCUUUCUGCAGGCUUUCACCGACGGUAUCACAAACAAGCUGAUUGGCUGUUACGUCGGCGGGUCCAUGCAGGACGUGGUCCUGGUUCGGGUCUAUGGGAACAAGACAGAACUGUUUGUGGACCGUGAGUUCGAAGUGAAGAGCUUCCGUGUCCUGCAGGCUCACCGAUGUGCUCCACGCCUCUACUGCACCUUCAACAAUGGCCUGUGCUAUGAGUACCUGCAGGGAGUGGCCCUGGAGCCCGAGCACAUCCGCAGCCCUGCUAACUUCAGGCACAUUGCAAGGCAGAUGGCAAAGUACCAUGCCAUACAUGCCCACAACGGCUGGGUGCCCCAAUCAGACCUCUGGCUGAAGAUGAGCAAGUUCUUUUCUCUUGUUCCUACACACUUUGAAGACCCUGAGAAGGACCAGAGGCUGAACAGUGAGGUGCCCAGUGCUGCGUGUCUUAGAGACGAGAUGAUCUGGCUUCAACAGAACCUUUCUAAACUAGGUUCCCCAGUCGUUCUGUGUCACAACGAUCUGCUCUGUAAGAACAUCAUCUACAACCAACAGGAAGGAAAUGUCAAAUUCAUUGACUACGAAUAUGCUGGGUACAAUUAUCAAGCCUUUGACAUUGGGAAUCACUUCAAUGAAUUUGCAGGUCUGAAUGAGGUGGACUACACCCUGUAUCCUGGGCGAGAGCUCCAGUUGCAGUGGCUCCGGGCCUAUCUGGAGGCCUACAAGGAGUACAAAUCACAGGGCACACAGGUCUCCAACACUGAAGUGGAGGUGCUGUACGUGCAAGUCAACCGAUUCGCCUUGGCAUCUCAUUUCUUUUGGGGACUGUGGGCAUUAAUCCAGGCUCAGUACUCCACUAUCGACUUUGACUUCUUGGGAUAUGCAGUUCUCCGUUUCAGCCAGUACUUCAAGAUGAAACCAGAGGUGACAUCACUGCUCCUUCCAGAAUAAUCUCUCAGGUCAUGGCUUGUGCUGCUCUAGAGAAGGGCUCCCCCUGGUGGACACAAGAACUAGCUGGAGACCUCUUCAAUUUGUAGACUGAACAUUGCACUUACUUGUCUGAACACAUCAUUUUAGAUAAGCCCCAAAUCAUCUCUGAACUCAAAGUUGGUUUAGCGUUGUAGAAAACCAGCAUCUAAGCCCUCCUCCUCGCUUUUAUGUGGCAGUCAAGAGAAAGGGUCACCCCAGUGCCCUAGUCCAUUUUAGUGAUAUUGUCAAUUGAGGAAGCAAACAACUGACAUAUAGAACCUCCCACAACAACAAUUAUUGUCAGAAGUCAGAGAGGAGGGCCGCUGGGUCUGUUCUCAGCAACUAACUAUCAUCCUAAAGGUCAUUCCUGCUUGUUUACACAACUUGUAAUGGGAGAAAUCAGUGUACUGUAAGAUGAUGUUGGGGUUACAGUAUGGAUAGUCACUGAUUCUUUCUAAAUGGGGAACUUCUGGCCUGUCUGUUCCUACAAAGGUUGUUCCUGGCACAGCCGCGGUGAGAUGUGUAAUUCAGGGACCAAUAGAAGCUUUGUUGUUCAUUUCUGGCAGACGUUUCCUCCCCCGUCCUCACUGUGAACCACUGUAUAGCGCAUUCAUAACGUUUCUCAUUGUUUUCUCAGCGUGGUGCUUGGAGAAAGUAGACGCACAGUAGCCGUGGCUACAACGAGCCGGUAGCUAAUCUGAAGCCCACACCAAAGUGCUGAUAUUUUUUGCUUGUACAUUAUGCACAGUGUAUUUUUCCACAUUAGAAAUAACAUGGCAAUAUUUACAUUUCAAACGGUGGUUUUUGUACUUAUUUAAAUGGCGCUGUUAAAGAGCUCGCUCUUGAGACCUGUGCUUUUUCUGGGAGGUAUCAGUGAGCUUUUUGCAAUGGAUGUAUUUCCUGAAAGCCUUAAUGAUGGUAUCGCCUUCUGGACGCACUAAAGCUUUUGUAUUCGUACUCCCCGUCCGCAUAGCUAAACGACAACAAACUGACUGCUUUAAGAACAAAAUCAGUCCUCACUUCACCUUGCGAUGGGCCACUCUUUCUGCUUUAAGACAUCUUACUAACCCCAAACUUUUGAACAUUUGAUUUCAUAAUAUUUUAUUCUAGGCUUAUCUAGUUUUGUGUUUAGACACCAUGGUGACCACUUCAAUCAACUGAUUUAUUUAAAUUAUAAAACAUAAAAUAUCUUGGAGAAAAAGAAUAGCCAUCAUGAAUAUAAAAAAUGCCACUGAAAUCAAUUCCAGUUAGUUUCUGAUUAUGCUCCGUACACAUGAGCAAUGUAAAGUGUGACCAAGAUUUUUUUUCCCCAAGUUUUCUGGAGCAAACCUCAGCUCUGAGACUUGCCUUCGCACCGCCUGGCUACCCUCAUUUACCUCAAUUUCCUGCGUCAGUUUGCCUAUACUACAAACAACCAUAUAUAAUUCUGUAAAUACUAGAAACUGUGAAUUUUCCGGUUGUUUUAUUGUAUUUUGACAUAUGCUUCUUUUUCUAUGCCAGUUCUUGUUGCACCUUGAUCAUGUUUUUGAAUGGUCAAAGACCACACAGAAUGCUACAUUUUACUUAUCCCUUUUU